AUGCGUAGCGUAUUAUUUUCGUUGCAGAAGCUGCGCUUUUAUCAUGACGUCGCAGCCGUACCAUCUCUCCGCACUGCCGUACAAAGACCGUUCGCAGGCUUCUUGGGAUAUCAUGACCUCUUCCAACCUACACGGAGCGUUCAGGUACAACGGGUUCUUUCUCUUUGCUUAAAUAGGCGUGCCUACAAUCCCGCUCGUCACAUAGACUGGGUAGGCAUAAAGCGUCGGUGGCGAGCCAAACAAUUGUUAAUGAAGAAGCGCAAGCUAAAAAACCACCCACGUGUAGCUUUAAGGUUUAGACUGACUCGUUUCGGCUGGGAGCGGCUGCAACAGGGCCGAAGGGGCAAGAAAUUACACCUAUCUGUGCAACAACGUCGCAACAAGAAGCGCAUUAGGUUUGUGUCAAGACACGACCUAGUAAAGCUGGCGAGGCAGAUGCCGGGUCACAGGCUUCGUAUACGUGACCCGCCCUUGAUCAAUAGCCCCAACAUUCAGCACUUCCGCCGUAGCACAAACAAAUAUUUCGCAUAA